UGACUUCUUCCUAGUUCACAGAGAGAGAGAGAGAGAGAGAGAGAGAGAGAGAUGGGGAGCGAUGGCGAAGCGGAGAGAGCGCAGAAGGAGAAGGAGAGGAAGAAGGCGCUGUCGCUGGCUCCCAUCGCCAAGCCCCUCGCCGGCAAGAAGCUCUGCAAGCGGACCCUCAAGCUCGUUCGCCGAGCUGCUGAAAAGAAAUGCUUGAAAAGAGGCGUGAAGGAGGUGGUCAAGAGCAUCAGGCGUGGUCACAAAGGAUUAUGCGUCAUUGCUGGCAACAUAUCACCUAUUGAUGUGAUCACUCAUGUUCCCAUUCUAUGCGAAGAGAAUGAUAUCUCCUAUAUAUAUGUUCCCUCAAAGGAGGAUCUAGCAAAUGCAGGAGCAACGAAGAGGCCAACAUGCUGUGUUCUGGUACUUACAAAGCCAACUAAGGGUGAACUAGGCCCAGAAGAGCAAGAAAAAUUAACGGCUGAUUAUGACCAAGUUGUAACAGAAGUAUCUGAACUUACCUCCACUCUUUUCUAAAAUGUCGACAUACUUGGGGUUCUGCUUCUUUAUGCUCAUUGCUCUGCUAGUUCUGGUUGUUGUAUUGUCGGUUAGCCCACUGGUCUCUCCGGUUUAUACGGUGCCACAGCACGUCUAUAAAUUCAUGUAUGCGUAUCCAAAGCACGUGCCAAAAAAACUGAUAUCAGUACAUGGGAUUAUGCUUUCAGAGUGUCAUGAACAGGAAUGCGAAUGAAUUCUCGCAA